UCCCCUUUCUAUGGCAUCGUCCAUAAAUCAACCCUUGAUUUGGAGGGGGAUCUUCUGCUUUCUGGCGCCCUCUGUCCAGUCUGGGGGGGGGGGGGUGCUGUUAGAUCGCGAAAAACUGCCUCCCCCUUGCUCGCGCAGUGGUACGUCUCGCAGAGCGUUAAGAGGAAGGAGCGAGGAGCGGAAGAAGACCGUCCCAUCCCUAGUGGAGGGGAGAAGGAAGAGAGUAAAGAGCCGAGGAAAAAAAGUAGUCAAACUGAGUCAUUAGUCAUAUGACCAACAAUGGCAUCCUUUUUAGCACAAGAAGUUCAGCUUGCUAAAAGGCAUGAAGAAAUACUGUCUCAGAGAUCAGUGUUGCUUCAGCAGAUGGAGAAUCAUCUAGGAGACAGAGAGGCUGCGAAGACGUGGCAAAUGCAAGAAGCUAAUGCUGCUCAUAAAAGAAAUUUAGUGCUGACAAAUGAUAUAGAAACAGCAGAAAAGAAGCUACAUGCAAGAGAGCACUUACUUCCACACCCUGAUACUGUUAAUCUUGAAACUCUUUACUGGGCACAAAUAGAAGAAUCCAUUCCCAAGUGGGAGCCAUUUUUUCUAGGAAGAACUCAAGCCCCUGUUGGCUUUGGAAAAAUCAAGCAAAAACAGAACAUAAAACCCCCCAAAGGAUCAAUACCAAGAUAAACAGGAAACAAAAUCAGACUUAGUUUGUUGUUAGGGAUGUAUUCAAACCUCCAACCACUGGGACAGUAAAUUGGAAUGUAAUUGAUAGUUGUGCAAACACCACCAGUUCUCAGUCUGCAUGGAGUUCUCAAUAGCAGACAAGAGCAUGAGAGGUAGCAUCGUGCAAAGGUCAGAGGAUUGUAUAAGGAGUGGGGAGAUCCAGGUUCAAAUCUGUACCCAGGUAUGAAAGUUUCCUGGGUGACCCUGGACCACUCUCUCUCUCACUCUAUCAGUACUUCACCUCGCCAUUGUGAGGAUAAAAUAGAGAAAGGAAGAACCAUAUAUGCCUUUUUGAGUUGGAGCAUGGCUAGAUAUACAUGGUCUGUGCAUGAACUGGAAUGCUGGAGAGCACUUGUUGCCCAAUAUGCUGCUUAGCAUGAUGGAUUUGAUUAUGAUGAUGACAUGAAAGUAUGAAACCCAGAUGACACACUGAAAUGUAGAAGUUGGCGUGUUGAAUCGAAUUUUUUCUCUCUUUCUCACAAUACUAGAACCAGGGGGCAUUCACACAACGUGUGAUUGGUGUUUGGAAUAUGCUGCCACAGGAGGUGGUGAUGGCCACUAACCUGGAUAGCUUUAAA